UAAAAGGUGGACAAUUAGGUGUAAUCACCUCAGUUGAUUGUGUCUUCCGCUCCUGGCAAUUUGGGAUUCUAAUCCUCUCUUUUCGUGCUGUGAUGUGAUAACAUUGAAAUUUGAGAGUGAUAAGAGAGUUUGGGAAAUUGUGCGAAAAUGUCUGUGGAGUCGGAGUCAAUGGUGGAGAGUAGAUUGGGGUUCAUCUCACCCCUGAUGCUCCCACUGAUCGCCACGACCAUCUCCCUGUGGCUGGUGUAUAUAUGGCAGCAGAGCCGUCGGAUUGCCAAGAUGGGCAAUGCCCUACCCGGACCACCGACUCUGCCCUUCGUGGGUAAUGCCCACAUCCUCGUGGGGAAGACACAUUCAGAAAUUUUCGAAUUUGUCUUGGAGCUAAGCAACGGUUUCGGCAACGUAAUUCGCGCCUUCUUGGGCAACAGCCUCGUUGUUUUCCUCACGCAUCCAGACGACAUUGAAAUCAUCCUCAACAGCCAGGUACAUUUGGACAAGUCCGAUGAGUAUCGCUUCUUCAAGCCUUGGCUUGGAGAUGGCCUGCUAAUCAGUUCUGGAGAUCGCUGGCGCAGUCAUAGAAAGAUCAUAGCACCGGCCUUUCACAUGAACGUCCUUAAGUCCUUCGUCAACACUUUCAACAGCAACAGCCUGGCUGUUGUUGAGAAGAUGCGCGAGGAAGUCGGAAAGAAGGUAUUUGAUGUACAUGACUACAUGAGUGCCGUAACUGUUGAUAUCCUGCUGGAAACGGCGAUGGGAACAGAAAGAACAAGGAAGGGCAAUGAGGGAUUCAACUACGCAAUGGCUGUUAUGAAAAUGUGCGACAUCCUCCAUGCUCGACACAUGCGAUUCUACCUCCGUUUCGACACCAUCUUCAACUGGUCCAGAAUGAGGCUUGAACAGGAAAAACUCUUGAACAUCAUCCACGGUCUCACAAAGAAGGUUAUCAAGAAGAAGACUCAGAUCUAUGAUGAGAACUUCAAGAAGGGUAUCAUUCCAAGUCCAUCCCUCAAUGAAAUCAUCGCCAAUGACUCCUACAGCAAGCCCGAAGUCAAGAAAACUCCUUCAGGGGAAAAUGUCAAAGGUCUUAGGGAUGAUCUGGAUGAGAUCGAUGAGAAUGAUAUCGGAGAGAAGCGUCGAUUGGCCUUCUUGGACUUGAUGAUCGAGACAGCAAGAGGAGGCGCUUCAAACUUCUCAGAUGAAGAUAUCAAGCAACAAGUGGACACCAUUAUGUUCGAAGGACAUGAUACCACUGCUGCCGGAUCCAGCUUUGUUCUCUGCCUUAUGGGAUCACACCAGGACAUUCAAGAGAAAGUUUACAAGGAACUGAAAAAUAUCUUCGGGGACUCAGACCGACCAUGUACCUUUGCUGACACCCUGGAAAUGAAGUACUUGGAGCGUGUGAUCAUGGAAUCCCUCAGGCUGUACCCACCAGUACCUUUGAUUGCCAGAAAGAUCCAACAGGAUGUGAAACUCAAUACUGACAACUACGUCCUCCCAGCUGGAUGUACCGUCGUCAUUGGAACAUUCAAACUUCACCGACGCGGCGACAUCUACCCCAAUCCCGAUGUCUUCAAUCCCGACAACUUCCUCCCCGAACACACCCAGAACCGUCAUUACUACAGCUUCAUCCCCUUCUCAGCCGGACCAAGGAGCUGCGUGGGACGCAAGUAUGCCAUGCUAAAACUCAAGGUCCUCCUCUCCACCAUCCUCCGGAACUACAAGAUCAACUCAGACCUCACGGAGAAGGACUUUAAGCUGCAAGCGGACAUUAUUCUCAAGAGAGCCGACGGUUUUAGGAUUUCAAUUGAACCACGUCGCAAGGAGAAGGUAAUCUAGGAACAGACGCACCCAAGGAACGACAAUUAAUGAUCAACCUUUGUCUUUCUGUAAUGAAUAUUAAUUUUUAAAUAAACAUGCAAUUCAGUGCCCAGAGUGGCCAAAAUGA